AUGUCUUCCCAACCGAUUCCGGCCACGGCGGCCAAUCUCAUUGAGACUAGCCAACUGCGCAGGAGAUAUUAUAGUGGACAAGUGUACGCGCAGACACAACGUGCACUCUGUAUUUCUGUCACUCUCAUACUCCGGUGGGACGACCACUCCACACGACCGGUGAUAAUUAAGGCGCAGGACCAACGGCUUUACGUGCUCUCCGAGGAACGCGGAUGGAACAUCUCCAACUUCUCAACUUGGGGCUGUUACGGUUAC